UUUACUACCCAAACUGGUGUAUUUUGGGUCCAGGGUUUGUUGGAUAAGCGACACAUGGAUCACAUUGGCUUGGUGGACACAUUAAUUAGUGGGGCUUUUUUCAUUAUUAUUAUUAUUUGUCCCUCCAGUUCUCGUUUCCAUACUUCUUUUUCAGAUUUUGCCAGUUAUUGUGUGUGUGAGAGAAAAAGAAGGGUAGUUGAAGACCAUUUUUACCUCCUCUGCGAUUUUGGGGAAAUGCUCCUCCUGUUUUUAACUCCUUUCCUCAGCUGGCAUUUGACCUGGAGCAGUUACUAGUGUGUUCUGUUUCCCACUAUUAAUGAAUCCUGCCCCUAUGACCUAACACUAUCUGGGUUUUGUUCCUUGCCAUGAUUUGGUUUGCAUUUGAGUGUUUUUUUGUUCAUGUGUCCUGAAUGGCAAAAGUAGCUGGUGCAGCGGACCAAAGAGCAAAAUAUAGGCGAUGGCUGUUGCACUUAACUGAGGGGGACGAAGCUGCCCUAUCGAUGACAAUGGCGUUUCUCCGGGCGGUAACCAGACCUGUGAGAUUGCAAGCAGAGGUAAAAUCCAACUUUGCCUUGUUAAGUAGUCAUUGUCAACGGAGAGAAUGCAUGCAGAGGUGAGGAAUAAGGAUUUUUGUUAUGUGCACGUGAUGUAGUAGUACUAGUAGAUUGGUGGAGGCCUCUUUGAGGUACAUAAACCACCCAUUUAAUGAUGGGGUUGGAGGGUUAUGGACUGAAGUGAAGAAGGGGAGUUAUGGGAGGAAUUGGAAGGAGUAAGAAUAAGCUGAAACGGGCAACUAGUUAACCGAGAAACCUCUCUAAAGGGUUCCCCUGGAUUUAGGGUUUCCAUUAUGGUUUGAUGAGAGGAAGAGAGCAGUUGGAACAGAAGAAAGGUGGUUGGAGAUUUUGGGUUUUGGGGAUUGUACGGCCAAGAGGAAAAAGAGGGGUAACUUAACGCCCUUAGCUGGGUAACGUGGAUGUCAUGUGACCUUCACAUGGGUUCGUUUUGGGCGGAUUCUCACCCUAAACCCUAGAACAAAACUGAACCACACGGAACGGAAACCUCCUCGUGUCAAUUGCUGUCUACUAAUGUCUUUAUUACUUGACUUGGGACAUUCGUAGGGAAGACCGAUUGAAUUUUUUGAAGGAUGUGGCCAUGUGGUCCGUACUGCUCCUGGGUACGGCCUUGUCUGUUGCCUCACUUCCAGUUCCAUGUUCCAGUGUUCUUGCUUUUCUUCUUGGUCUUGUUUAUGCUGUUGCUGUUCUCAUUUUUGGCACACGGUAAUGUCAAUGCGUUGGCCUGAAGAAUGGGAAUAUAACUGCUCCGGUGAUGAGUGUUCUUCGUCCGUCGUUCCAAUUUCUGAAGCCAUUGCUCCUUUUCCAGUAUAGUGUGGACUGAGUGCUGGGAAAUUGUAGAGAAAAAGGAUGAACCUCCUACUCUGAGGAGCUUGUUUCUCCAUCCCCUGCUCGAAAUUGAUUCUGGGUUUUCCCUCUUUUGUGUGCUCGUUGCUGCCUUAUGAUAUGGGCGUUCGAAUUAGGUAAGGAAGGUGUUGUCAAUUGUCAUGGUGCUGCACUUGACUGUUCCAGCUAAACUUGUGAAGUUGUUUUAUUGGUUUCUUUUGAAAGUAGAAAUGGAAUCUAUGAUGCAUUAUAUGGAAUCUACAUUUUACGAAAUACGUCAUAAUGGAUUCUGAAAUUCAAUUUUGAAAUGCGAACAUAAUUUCAUGGUCACAGUCAUGUUCAAGCACAUCCGUGUGACACUCCCCAAACAACCAGCGCCCAGCGAGACGAAUAACCAGGCCCAACGAAAGCAUGUGGUCCUUAGGGCCAUAAGCCCAAAUUUCGCUUCAGAUGAAUUGUUUUUGUGGCAGUGAACAGAAAAUAGGGGAAAGAGGUCACCUUUUGUAAUGGCGCGAAUUCCUUCCUCCACUACUCGCCGGCUUAACAGUAUUUUCCACCCAUCCGCCAUGGAUUUUGCCGAUUUGCAGAUUCCCCAUAGCAGAACCUCACAAACACAACAAGCCAAUUCUUCUCACGUAACUAAGAAACCCAAACUUCCCGUCGACUUCACUGGUCAAAACAGAACAGGCAAAGUGACAACUUAUCAAAUCUUAGGAACCGAUUGCCGGCCCCGGUCAAAUUGUUACUAUGACCAGCUCUAAUUCGUCAUCCCAAACGGCAACACCAGCCCUGCAAUUGCUUCACCAGCAUGGACUCCAGCUUAGUCAUCGUCGUCUUACUGACGUUUCUGUUCUCAUCACAAGCUUAUGUAUCGUCGGGAAUGGAGGUUCCUCAGAGAGGGCCCGUGGUCCCCACUACGCCCCUUCUGGCAUUCCUCGAACGAGUUCAAGAAACCGCUUUCCAGGUUCUUGGCGGGGAGAGGGGGUUCGAUUUUAAAUCCUACAUUGAUAUGUCUCUCAAGUUCAAUCUGUCACACACCCAGAAGGUGUUUGAUGAAUUGCCAAGGAGGGCAAAUGGGAGUGUCCCGGUUCAGGAGUUUCGGAGGUUUGUGGCACAGUAUUUUGACGAUGCUGGGAGUGAUCUUCUGGUGCAUGAGCCAGUGGAUUUUGUGGCGGAGCCUGAUGGGUUCUUGCCUAAGGUGAAGAACCAGAAGGUCAGGGCUUGGGCACUGGAAGUUCACUCCUUGUGGAAGAAUCUGAGCAGGAAAGAAUCGGAUGAGGUCCACAAACACCCUGAACUCCACACUCUGCUUCCCCUGCCGGAACCGUCGAUCGUCCCAGGUUCAGGGUACAGGGAGCUUUACUAUUGGGAUUCUUACUGGGUUAUCAGAGGUCUCCUGGCAAGCAAGAUGUAUGAGACUGCCAAAUCAAUCGUCACUAAUCUGUUAUACUUACUGGAUACAUAUGGCCAUGUCCUGAAUGGUGCAAGGGUCUAUUACACUAACAGAAGUCAGCCUCCCCUUCUUAGCUCAAUGGUGUAUGAGAUAUACAAGAGAACACACGACACUGAGUUUGCUGAGAAGGCACUUCCUGCACUGAUCAAGGAGCAUAGGUUUUGGACUUCUGGGGAACAUAAUGUCAAUGUCCAUGAUGCUAAAGCUGGCAAGCAUAGCUUAAGCCGGUAUUAUGCAAUGUGGAACAAACCUCGGCCUGAAUCUGCAAUCUUUGAUAAGGACUCUGCUGCCAAUAUAUCUAAUGCUUCAGAGAAGCAGCAAUUCUAUAGAGAAGUUGCUUCAGCGGCUGAGUCAGGAUGGGAUUUCAGUUCAAGAUGGAUGAGGAAUGCCUCAGACUUCACUACAAUGUCAACAACAUCUAUCUUGCCUGUGGAUCUAAAUGUUUACUUGCUGAAGUUGGAACUUGAUAUCAUAAACUUAGCACAUGCCACGGGAGAAGACACUGUCGCCGAGAUCUUCUCUAAGCUCUCUAGAGCAAGGGAAGAAGCUAUAAGAUGUGUGUUCUGGAAUCCGCAGAAGGGGCAGUGGUUUGAUUAUCGACUUCAUGAUAAUAACGAUGGAUCCAGUCAUUCUCAAGCAUGGAAAGGUUCACAGCAAAACCAGAAUGCAUUCGCCUCCAACUUCAUCCCCUUGUGGAUUGAUCUGUUCCAUUCAGACACCACGCUGGUGGAGCAAGUGAUGCAGAGUCUAGAAACUUCUGGUCUCGUUCGUACUGCAGGCAUAGCCACUUCCUUGGAAAAUUCAGGACAACAAUGGGACUUUCCAAAUGGAUGGGCGCCAUUGCAGCAUAUGAUAGUUGAAGGCCUGGUGAGGUCAGGGUCACACAAGGCCAAGUCAUUAGCGGAAGAGAUAACAGUGAGAUGGAUCAACAGCAACUACGCUGCGUACAACAAGACAGGUAAAAUGCACGAAAAGACGGACGUGGAAACUUGUGGACAAUUCGGUGGUGGUGGCGAAUCUGUUGUUCCUCAAACGGGUUUUGGGUGGUCAAACGGAGUGGUGUUGGCAUUUUUGGAGGAGUUUGGGUGGCCUCAUGACAGGAAGCUGGGCUGCUGAGUGCUGAUUAUGAAAACUCUACCGACCUCAAACGUCAACCUUCAUUUUUCUCUUUGCUUCCUCUUUUGAUGCUUCCGUAAAGAUGAAGCACGUUGUUGUAAACUUGCAAGGAGGCAUGCUUCUGAGCCAGAAGAUGAAGAGUACUUGAGCUCUGAAUAGUUAGGACUUGGGAGUUAUAGAUUUCACUGUUGGUUUACUCGUAGAGGGAAUGAGGGAUACCUCGACGUUGUAGACAGUAACCAAUUAGCGCCAAACAGAGGAUUUGCUUUGUAUAAUAGUGCAACAAGUUUACGAGUUGUUUGAUUAAGGAUGAAUAAUGGGUGGGUUGGGUGAUAUUUGCAUUUAGAUUAAUCUAUUUAUUGGUUAGUGACGAAAAAACUUGGGUUACCAAUUUGUAUAAUUAUGCUUGCGUAAUAGUGGAUGUUAUGGACAACUCAAUAAUCACAUCGUAAAUAC